AUGUGCAUGAAAGCAGUCUGCUCAACCUGCCAAAAAACCAGCUGGUUCGGCUGCGGCAGCCACAUUCCGUCCGUGAUGGACUCGAUCCCCGAGAGCGAGCGGUGCAGCUGUGCGCCGCAGGUCGAGCGGGAUGGAAAGAUGUAUCCGCCCAAGGCGCAGUGA